UCAGGAUGGGUACAACCAGGGUAGCCCGAAAUAGCAGCCCAAACCAGGAGGUAAUCUCUUGGUUCCAAGGCAACAUGAAAACAGUGCUGUCUUAAGGAGCUUUUGAGAGCCUAGCAACGGCAAACAGAGGCAAUCAAAUAGAGUCAGACAUGACUGUGCUGCAGUGUGAAAGAAGCGAUUGGCAUUCACUGAUACUCAACAGUCUUCAGAAUAUAUUCCCAGAAUGUUAAAAAAGACAGUCGCUAAGGAGAAGAGUGCAGCAAACAACACAGCAUUGGAUCUCUGAGAGGAGCACCGUCAGCUUCAACAUGAAAGAGCUUGUCCUAUCAGUCCUUAGUCGAGGAUACAGUCAUGUGGUCCAGACUGAUGGCAAAAGACAAUAUGGAAGACUGGAAGUCUCUUUCGAACCUGAGGACUACUUCAUUUGGAAAUCCCAGCCUCCUCUCCUUCGCUUAUCCAGCAGUGGACGGCUCCUCAGUGGACUGGACCCCACACCCCCUAAAACCUACAGCACUAGGAGAGGACCACUUAUUCUUUACUCUGAAGAGUUUGCCUUAUCAUCCUCCCAACCUGACAGGAUCACCAAAAAGGAGCGGGCUUUUAGGGCUCCUAGUGAAGAAGCAGAAUUUGAACUCUUCUCUGUUCAAGAUCUGACUGAGGCCGCUGUAGCAUAUUGUAAAAAGCAGGCCAGGGUGGAAUGCCAUACUAGCAUUACUCAGUCGAUGUUGACAGACCCCAAACCUGCCGCUAAGUAUUUACAGUCACGCCAGAGGCCCGGAGACGAAUGCGGCUAUCUGACCCAGACUACUGGUGAAGAAAAUGAGGAGGAACAUGCUUUCUUCAGACGCCAAGGUAACAGUGUAUAUCCCAAACCAGAGCAGGUGCGAUAUCAACCACGCUUCCUCUGUUUCCCACGACCUAAUCGUCCUCCGCCGGGUCCUCUGCCGCAUAUAACCCCAAGUCCAGCACUCAGACAUUGUCGGGACGAGCCUCAUAUAGCAGGAGAGCCAGCAGCCUCUAAGCCAACAGAGGAUAGCAGAGACAGAAGGGCACGUUUCAGAACAGAGGUAGUGAUACCCAAAGCUCAGAUGAGCCCAAUUCCUGAAUCUGAUGCUUGGGAGGAACCCAAAGAACAGCCUGAGGAUCACAAUGUUUACAUGGUUGCAGAGCAUUUGACUGGCUACCCAAAGGACUUAAACGGUCAAUGGAAGCCGAGUGCAAUAGAGACAGGUGGUGAGGAAGGUGGACACGCUCUAAGACCAGCUAAUACAAACUUCUCUUUGGGCUGCAGUCACCUUUCCAACGUCCCCAGUGACAGAAGACAAGCUGAGGGGGGCUGGCUUCUGAAUCCUGUACAACGGCGCAACCUUCUUUUACCCCCCAUUAAACAAGCACUUCCUGUAGAUGCAGACUGCAAAGACCAUGGGCAUGUCUUUAAGCUCAAAGCUGGGAAUAUGACUCAAGAAAACCAUAAGGAGCCAGUACCACAACUGCCGGAUAUACAUCCACCUAAAAACAAAAUUGAGGCUGUUGCUCCCAAACCGCCAGAAAGAACUGAACUUAAGAAAGUACUUGUUCUACUUUCUUUACCAAUGGAACAAGAUGGUAAUUGUGGCCUUCCUGAGAAAAAGAAAGAAAUUGAGGACGUCCUGUGUAGUGAUGAGGAACAGAAAGUGGAGUCAAUUAGGAAAGAAGAGAACAAACCUGUUGAUCGUGGGUGCAGUCUAAAAGCAGCACAACAGGAUAUCCUCAUCGGGUUUGCACCUAAUGAUGACAAAGCACAUCAGACUGCAGUGGGUCCACUGCCUCCAUUUAAAGGGCGUAGAGGUCUCGGAAAACAGUGCUCUAUGGCAAUCUACAGACAAGAUCCGUGCAACCCUGCAGAUCAGUCAGACCCUCAGCCUGGCAUUAUCAGAGGCAGUCUUCCUCUGGAGCUGAAAGAGUGUCAAAAAGAUGGAGUCCUAGGCACCUUAAUCAUGGGUCCUGCUGGGGAAAUCAUAUGCUUGUCUUUCUGGGAUCCCUUAACUGACACAGAGGACCACCCAGCUCUGGAGGAUGCCCUAAGAGAACAUGUUGUCAGGAUGAUGACUUCUGAAGGUGUUUUGGAAGAGUCAUGGACCAUCUUAGACCAAGUAGAAGCACAGGCUACACAAACAGGAGGACUGAAUGACAGAGAAGUGGGGGCUAUGCAAGGUCACAAGAAUCAAGCCAGCACUAAGCAAGAGGUCAUACCUCGAUCUGAUGAAUAUAUCACAGUGGAGGAGAUUGAGGAAUGUUCUGGCACCGAUGGGAGGAGAGUCAGGAGGAAAGCUCAGGCUUUUGUACCUGAGCAAAGAAAAGAGAAGACAAACAACUGUACAGAAAGUCAGGCCUACAGCAGCGGGGAAGAUAUCACUCAACAGACAGGAGGAAGGACACAGGCAAGAGAGAACCCUGGGUCAUCACUUAGACCUGUGUCUGCUAGCAGCACUCAAAAAACAUCUCUUUCAACCCCCACAGCUGCAGAUGAACGUAUUGAUAAAACAAAACCCCAAAGUCAGACAGAGCCGUUUAAAAAUACUGUCAAGUCCAAAAAAACAGGUAAAUUAGACAAUGCAGAAGAUCAGCACAUAAGGAAUGUGAAGAAACAAAAGUCUGAUCAGCAUGGCAGCAGAGGCACACACAUUAAUUAUGCAGAGAAGACAGACGCAGACACAAAUGAGGACACAGAGUCACAAGACACCAGUUUUAUUGAAGAAACAGCUUCAGGUCUAAUGGAAAAGAAAAAUAAAAAGGCAAGUGGUGAGAAAGCAAAGUCCACGAAGUCACAAAACACAGUGGAAAAAAUAAAAAAGAGGUCCAAAGGUCAAGUAGCAUUUGUUGUGGGUAAACCGAAGCUGUCGCAGGAAGUUGAAAAGAGGAAAUACAGUUCAGGGAGACGUGAGAAGACAUCAACCAACACACUCUUGAGUGAGUCAGAGGACAAAUCAGCAGAAGACUAUUCCUGUGGUUCUUCUGAAUAUGCUACGGAUUGUAUGGAAAGCAGCCAGUCUUCAACUGUCCAAAAGGACCAUGAUGCUGGACACAGUCCGGAUAUUGAUCAGGAAAACAUCAAUAAUAAGCAGCAUGUAGCAGGACACAGUCUGGAGAGUGAGCAGGUUGCAGUCUCCAGAAAAGGUGGUGAAGAUGAAGACAUGGAUCGGAUCUCUGAUUUCCACGAGAGAGAUGUAUCUGCAGUUUCCUCCAGAUCCUACAUCUCUGCCAAAUCGUCCUCAACGAGCACAUGGAGCAUCCGGCGAUCCAGUGCAUCAUCAGAUACGGGCAUGUUUAGCCCAAUACAACUUCCUAAUUUCUUGCCACGUGGCGGCGUCUCAACAAACCAACCUGCAUCCAAUCCUGCUAGGUCUGAAUCAGCAGCUGAUACUAAGAGCAAAGAAGCAAUCAACCAGAGGGAAAGCAGAGUGGCGGCAGCACUGGCCGCAAAGGCCCAACGUCACCGGCUGGAGGUGGAGAGGAAGAGGAAAGAGAAAGCAGAGGAGAAAGAAGAGGAAAGAAAGAGACAGGAGGAUAAAGAGCAGACGGAAGAGAGAAUGAGGCUGGAGCUGGAGGAGGAGCAGAGACAGAGGGCACAGCAGGCCAGGUUAAGAAAACACAAAGAAGAAGAAGAGCGACAGAGACAGGCUGAGAGAGAGAAGGAGGGACAGAGGAGUGAGCAGGCUGAGAUGGAGAGGGAGAGGAGGAGGCAAGAAGAAAUAAGGAACAAGAAGAGAUAUUUAGAACGACUUCAGAAAGAGAGGAAUGAAAAGGAGAUGAGAAGAGCAGAUAAGUUAAAGCAGCAGUAUGAAGAGGAGGAGGCCAGUAAAGAAGAGGAGUAUAGGAGAUUACAGGAGAUGGAUGAGAGCGAAAGGCUGGAGUACUUACGCAGAUGCCAAAAGGAAGAAGAGGAGAGGAGGAAGGCUGCAGAGGAGAGACGACGAGCAGUGGAGGAAGCAGCCAUGUGGGAUGAAGAGUUUCAUAGGCGGAUGGCAGAAAUGGAGCAAAAUCUCCAGUUCCAGAGAGGACUAUUUGUUGAGACAGAGGGUCUGAAACAAAAGCAAUGCAUAUCUCGGCCCUGGGUCUUCUCCUACUUCAGUCGGCUGCGCAUUGCAGAGAGUAGCACAUGAAAUAAAGUUUAAUC